AUGGUCCGUAUUCCUUCCAACAAGACUUUCCGUACCAAGCAGAAGCUCGCCAAGGCUGCUAAGCAGAACCGCCCCAUCCCCCAGUGGAUCCGCUUGAGGACUGACAACAAGAUCCAGUACAACGCCAAGCGCAGACACUGGCGCCGCACCAAGUUGAACAUCUAA